UUGAAACUACUUUCUUCCUGUAACUCAUCGUGUUUGCUGGCGGCAGUGAUGCACGGAGGUCAAAUUACGAACAGUCGCGCUGGUCGCGCUGUAGUGGCAAUACGGCUGGAGGGGCUGUGGCGUGGUGGGGUUGUUGCAUGUUUGACCCCGUUAGCAAAUCGUAUGUACAAUGUUGAGAUAUUUCUAGUUCGGUACAGUGAUGGAGACCCCUACAGGAGGGGGGAGGGAUUCCCGAUAUAUGGGAUACAGUAUGUCGCUUUUAAGUGGUGAAACGUCUCCGGAAAUUUACGGGGGUGCUACGCACAGUAGACCUUCUACGUCUGUUAGUUCUGGUGUGUCAAGAUCGACGAUGUCGUUACCAAGUACGUGUAGUGCGGGAAUGCAACGCGGAUUGAAAAGACCGUCGUCUGAUGUGUGUUUUGAUCCAGAAGUGUCGGCUGCAAGAUCCAGCAUGUCAUCUCAAAGUGGGCUGGGCAUGUCUACGGAGUGCGGUUCAGACAUUGGGGAUGAUGGGUUUUCUCAGGCGCAGAAGAAAACACCACCGCCGAAUGGGAAGAAGACUAAAGGCCGUGUCAAAAUAAAAAUGGAAUAUAUAGAUAACAAGCUUAGAAGAUAUACUACUUUCUCGAAACGGAAGACUGGCAUAAUGAAAAAGGCUUACGAACUGUCAACAUUGACAGGCACCCAGGUGAUGUUGCUAGUCGCUUCUGAGACCGGUCACGUGUACACUUUCGCUACACGAAAAUUACAACCGAUGAUUACUUCAGAAGCAGGAAAAGCAUUAAUUCAAACGUGCUUAAAUUCUCCGGAUCCUCCUCCUACUGGUGUGGGUGGAGACCAACGAAUGUCAGCUACAGGUUUUGAAGAAACUGAGCUGACGUACAACAUUGGAGACGAGGAACAGAAAGUAAGGCAGCUGGUUUAUGGCGGUUCACCUCAUUCACACACACAACACAUGGGCGCAGGUCCUACCCAACAACAUCCCCAUGCUCACACUCAGCAUUUCCAACAACAUCCAGGGUCACCCCACCAUCACAUGAUGGCACCCCCUCAUCCGCACACACAGUCUCCUCCUACUCAUUUGAUUCCAUGUUCAAGUCCAGGGCCAAUGAUGGGAGCUGGGUAUCCACAGCCAUCACCCCAUGGAAGCUGCCCUUCUCCACUCCCCCCACACCCUGGCUACCCACCUCCUCAUCCACAUUUGUCUCAUUCACAUCCUCAACGGUAGUGAGAUUUACAAACAUCUUAUAGGAAGAAGCAACCAUGCAAAUUCAAGUAGAAGAAUUGUUAAUUGGAUUGUUACUCUUUAAAUUAAUUGUUUCAAAUAUUUUUAGUGCUGCCUGAUACUUUCUUUUAAAUAUGACAAACAAAAACCAAAAUAACCAGGAGAGAAUUUUCAAGUAAAUGAUAAAAAAUUGAUUAGUAGAUCAUAUUUGGAUGCUUCUUUCUAUAAAGUUUUAUUUCAUUCAAAUCGUGCAUGCUUUGGUUGGAUGCAUUUAAAAACAAGACACACUUGUCAAAUUCUGUGUUAAUAUUUGCUGUAAUAGGUUUCUCUCUGAAUGUACUGCUUUUCAGUAUUGUUUACCAUGAAGCAUGCAAGUUUUAUUAUAUUUCAAGACUUAGUAGUGUUUUGCAUUAGGGAUGGAAUACUGUGACUGCAGUUCUAUAUUUAUAUUUUUUCCUUUUCAAUUAGACUAAUGAAAUGAUCAAUUUUUUUUAAGAUGGUCAGAACAGUUUGUUUUUAUCUAUUAUAUCUAUUUUGCGAAGUUUCAAUUUUCAUUCUACUUAAAGUUGAUUUUUUGAAAUAAACUAAUACAAAUCUUUAUUAAAUAUUCCAUCCCUAUAAGUAUUGGUGUGGUCACAAUGAUAUAAAGCAUAUUAUUAUUUGUUAUGUUUUGUUUGUGUAUUACUUUGUACCUUUUUUACUUUGUUGUGUUCUACAAAAUUAUUACUUCAUUUUUUGCAAAACUGUCAUUUGAUUUAUUUUUAACUAAAAGAUUUUAUUGGCACAUAGUGACUUGUCUUGGUCAGCUUAUCCUUGAUAAAUAAAUUUUGAUUAUUAGAAUUGGCUGGGAUGUAAUUUAUUAAAGAAGAUUUUGGAUAUGCCAGUGAAUUUUCUUCUUUUGGCCUUACAUAUGAUCUGAUUCUUGAGAGGGCUCUGGGAGAGCAUAUUUAUGAUCUGUCUCUAGUCUUGCUUUUCUUUAUUAAGGAUGUGCUGAUCAUAAAUGUAUGAAUGCAUGGUACAUCCUUGCAGAUGUUUGAAUGUGUGUUUGUGCAUGACUGUUUAUUUGAUACGAUUGGACCUUUUGUUUGUGUGGUAUUCUUUUUGUAGUUGUUUUUUUUUCUGUGGGAGUGGAAUGAGGGAGAGAGAAGUUAAGGGUUGUGGUUAUCAUAUGGCAGUUGUGAGCCUUGUAUAUGCAUUAACAAAGUAGUGCCAAAGGAAUUUGGUUGAACACACCAAUUCCUAAUCAAUUUUUUAAUUUUAUAUUUGUGAUUUUAGUCAAAACAUAAUUUAUGACUAGCUUUUUGUAAGUUAAUCUGUAGUAAAAAGUACUUAUAAUUGCAGAAAUGCAUAUAAUUUUGUUUGUUUUAAUGUGACUUCUUGAAAGAUUUUAAUUCAGUUCUAAACAUGUAACUUUGCCAUCAUAAGAGACCGUAGCUUGUGAUAAAAAUGUGCGUAGAUUUUUCGGUUAACUGUGAUGGGCUAAGAAGAGCUAAUGUGAACUUUGUCCAGAAUUCUGCACAUCAUAAAGUGGCUCAUAUACAUCAUCGUUGUGAAAAAUGUUUAUGUAAGUUUUAACAGAAUCUGCAUUUUGCGUGUGUGUAUUUUGAAGAUUCAGAGCAAGUGAGCAGGUAUCAUUUCAUAUAGAUGUGUACAUGUAUGUCUGAGUGAAGUGGAAAGAAUUGUUUUUAAGCAGGUCUACAUACAUGUAUACAAACAAAAUUGUAUGCAAUACUCUCUUCACUCUAGCCUGUAUGACCAGUGGGAAUGUUCUAGUGAUGUGUUCCAUUGAAGUGUCUGUUCAUUAGCAUGCAUUUUAUAUUAAUGAAUGAUGAACAUGUUGAUGAAACUCAGGGUAUUAUUGAGAAACAAGAUUUAUGUAUUCAUUUGAUCUUUAGAGAAGCAGAUAAAAAUAGUCUUUCUAUUUGGAAUCAAAUAUGAAAGAAUAACAUUCCUUGAUUGAAAAAUCUCAUAUGUGAAUAAAGUAUAGCCUUUUUGAUAGGCAUUUUAAGAAAAUUUUUGUGUCCCUCUUUCCCCUUUGCAAUGUUGUUCCCUAUACAACUAAUUUAUGUUGUAAAGCACAAUUUAGAUAUUGAAAUUGCCAAAGUGCUGUGAAUUGCUGUAGUUGGUUUGUGUAAUACUUAUUAAAAGUAGAGGAGCCAGUUUUAUGCAUGGUAAAUUUUUGCUUCAAAAGUAUUUGGCAUGUUUUGGCUGUAGCAUCUUAUGCUAAGUUAGAGUAGUUCAUAGACAUUUUAUUUAUUGAUUUGUUGUUUUUCAAAUAUGGCUUGUAGUGGCUGGAACCAGAUUUGUUUCAUAGGCAAAGCUUGUAUAGUUAUUUAAGAUUUAAUGAAUAUUUUGGAUGAAUAAUAAUAUUAAUAUAUAGUAUAUUAUAAUGGAUACCUCCUACAAUCCAACUGAUUAUAUGAGAGCAUUUUACUAUUUUCCCAGAGAUAGAGGUGUCACCUGUAGAAUGAUAAAAUAUGUAAUUUUAUGGUUAAUUCCGUAGCUAACAUUAAAUUUACACAGUAGUGUCAAUAAAAUGAUAGGACGAAGGCUGGGAUUUAUUCCUUGUGUAUACAGUAAAAUGGUUGCAGUGACUGGUGAAGUUGAUUGAACUGAGGUUUAGCGUUAUUUAUCAGUCAAAGUUGUAC